AUGCUCGCUCGAUUUUUGCUCGCUUGCUCGUUUUUGGGUUUGGGUUUGGAGACAUUGUACUCCUCCCAUUUUCCCUUUCUCUCUCCAGAUCGUGUCUCUCUCUCUACACCCCUGACUAAACCCAGACAUUUUGCCGCCAGGGUUAACGACGACGCCACCGAUCAUGGCCUUCGUCUCGCUGCUUGUCUUGCAGGGUCCUUUGUCGGCAUCCUCGUCCUUGCUUUCUUCUUCAUUAGGAGGAGGCAACUUGUUCAAUGGCAGCGACGCGCAUCCACCAACACACUCAGACUCAUCAUGGAUUCUUUUCCACUGCCUCCAAAUGUGCUGCCGCCAGAGCAGCAGCAGCGAUAUGUCUUCCCUUGCCCUCGUCAAGAUGGCCCUAAUAAAAAUUGGCUUGAUGAGAACAGCAAUUUUCAAAUGGAGGAAAUUGACCUGUAUGUUGUUCCUGUCUCUUACACACAAGGUCCCUGGUUUGCAGAACUUUGCCAGCAUUUCGGACUCGCACAUACGGGCAACAAAACGACGCUUCGUGAGCGGCUUGUGAAGUUCAGCCAAGCCGGGAUGGAAAAGUGGAAGGCAAAUAUUCUCACUCCGACGCGUAUUCCUCACAAGGGAGUGAGGGUGGUGAGGGAUGGUGCUAUUACGAAGAGGAAGCUGACACAUCGAGCAACCCGCAUUCAUGAGGUGAGCAUACCGGUGAGCAACCCUCAAAGGGUACUCCUCCCUAUGUCAAGAUUCGAGGAUACUCGUAGCCAGGCCAAGAUAGACGGCUUCAUACCUUGGGCUGAAGUUCUUAUGGUCAAGAUAGCGAAAGAAGAACGUGCACAGAAUCUCCGCAAUACCCAUCUCCCAGAACCUGGGGUCAACAGUGUCCACAAUCAUAGCACACAAAAGCCUGGUAUGAAUCCUUUUGCGAGCCCUGACUUUGUCCAGUGUGUUGCCUCUAUCGUCGAGGAGCAGUUGGCUGCUCAUCAAAACUCCUCCCCCUCGUCCUUGUCUUCAACUGUAUCACCUGAAACCCCCUGUCCCUCCAUAGAUUUCGACUCAACCAUUAUGGGGCUCACUGCAAGUUUGACUGAAGUCUUCUCUGGUAUUGUGGACCAACCAGACUCACCGAUCCUACCACCCUUUGAGCCCAUGCAGAUGACUUCACCAUCCAUGCUGCUCUCUCCACCUGCUCUGCCGACGUCUGAACUCGACGGGAAUGCUCCAGUAUCAUCUGAUGAUACUGCCAUCAACCCAAUUCAGUGCUUGUUGGUCUUUGCUGAUGGCCAGACCAUAACUGUUCAUCAGGGUGACGUUCCGCCGACUAAACCAUUCUGCUAUGCAUCAAAUCUCGAAAGUCUCAUUCGGUGCUGGGAUGAUCGUAAUCCAGACUGGGCCCCAUCCGUUGAUUAUCCAAUCGUCAUCCAUGGUCGCCCGGUUCCAAUAAAGUACUGGAAAGACAUCUACAAACUCAAUAAAAAAACAGGGAACGAAUGGGAAAAACUCAAGAGCAAUUGGCUAGAUUGGAAACAUUUUAUUGAAGCAUAUCAGGCAUUCGAGACACCUGAAGCCUUCUGGGCCGAGUUUUCCGACUCUCGAGGACAGAGGCUGAAAUUCUCUCGAAUCAAAAAAAUUCUUUUAGAGCGACAAACAGCUGCAAAUCUCGAAUUAGCAAAACAAGUGACAGCUGAGUAUGGUGAUGAUUUUAUCAAUCACUUUGGUUAUAAAAGGGGUAGGAAAUUGGUUGCCAUGAAGGAUGGUCCAACAAUUGCCCGACACUAUAGGAAGAAGAUGGGAAUUAGUUGCAAUGAGGAUGUUUAGUUCACAGUUCAUGUUGUAGUUUUGGAAUGCUACAAUGUUUUUCUUAUUUACUUUGUG